GUAGGUGUCAUCUUCGAAAAUGCGAGUCGAUGCGGACGCGAUGGCACACACAGAUUGGGUGUAUUUAUGAUGUUGAAAAUCCCCAGAAAGCUGCGUCGUAAGUGUCGAAAAAUUUUCAGUCGUAAUUUUACGGAAAUGCAACAGUUUAGCCAAUAUGCAGCAGACGUUUCGGACUUUAGCUCCCAGUACGGUAGUGAGACUUCAAUUUCUUACACUGCCUCCAACUUGGCUGGAAAAUGUAACAUCUACCCUGCCUACGGAGAUUUUACACAAGCCUGUGUAUUUAGAACAUAUGGGCCUUGGUGGAAAUAUGCUCCCUCUGGAAAACGGAAGUUUAAGCGGACUCCCCCAGGCUUUGUCAGUCAGGACUUCAUAGAAUUAGAAUUUGAAUAUGCAGUGCAUCCAACCAAAAUAGAGAUUUGGGAAACUUACAACCCAGGGACCAUUGUUCGGAUCUUGGCUUGUGAUUCGUCAGGGACAGAUGUGGACAGGGGAAUGACUAGAGAAGGAAAAGAGGGAAGAUGGAAAGUUCUGUGGGAAGGAGGUCCAGAAAAGAGUCCACCGGAGUCUCGAAUCUUCUCCCCACCCCUAAGACACGUACCAUUCUGUACUAGAGUUCUUCGCCUUGAGUUCUGCCAUGACCUGUGUGAGUACUAUACCGAGCUGGAUGCCGUCUGUCUCCAUGGCGAAGUUAGCCAAGGCAACUAUAUCCUGUCCGGGCUAGAGGGCGUGACCUCCAGAUCUCGCAUAGAUGACAUCAGUAACGUGGAGGAAAAGCUCGAUAAUUUAUCUCUCAGGGAACAGGAAAACGACACAGUUGGUGAUGACGCUAUUAGUAUAGAAGAAUUACCGGAAGAAGUUAUUCAGUUAAUUCUGAGUUACCUUGACAUUCCAUCCCUGUGUAUGGCCAGCGUUACCUCAAAGUUUUUCUAUAAGCAUUGUUAUGACUCCUUGCAAUAUACGGAAUUGGACCUACAGCCUCACUGGACAGAGGUGAAUAACUUUGCCUUGGACAGUCUUCUGUCGAGGUGUCAUUAUCUGCAGCAUUUAAACAUAUCAUGGUGUGGGGGCAACCAGAACUGUAUAUCUCCCACCACAUUCUCCAGAUUUCUAAAGGAGUGCGGUAGGGACCUGCAGACCCUCUAUAUGUCUUCUUGUAAAUUUGUCAACGGUGAAGUUAUAAUAGCUGUGGCGGAAAAUUGUCCAAAACUUAAAGAGUUAGAUGUAGGGAGUUGUCAGUCUUUGGACGGUCAGUCUAUAUCACACCUGUCUAAAAUACAAACGCUGGAAAGACUCAAUCUCUACCGUCUACCUGUGGAUAAAGAUAGUCUUAUAAAGGUUUUAAGAGUGUGUUCCAAUUUAAAACAUUUGAAUCUAGGGGCCACCCGAAUCCAAGAGUCUCGCAUUGAUACUGUGAUGAAGGUGAUUGGAUCAAGCUGCAGGAAUUUAAUAUCACUAGAUUUAUGGCGGUGUAGAUUAACUGAUGAAGGACUAGGAGCUAUCACUGAAAACUGUCCACAUAUAGAGGAACUGGACCUAGGAUGGUGUUCAAAUUUAAGGUCAACUACAGGCUGUUUCCUGAAACUUGUGAAGAACUGUCCCAACAUUAAAAAGCUCUACCUUACAGCAAACAGGACCAUCUGCAAAGGUGACCUAGAAGCAAUAGCCAAGUAUUCUCGCAAACUGGAGCAGCUAGACAUCCUGGGGACAAGCUAUGUACAGACAGAUGAUGUUCACAGUGUUCUUACUAGCUGUCCCAAGUUGAUUUUCCUGGACGUGUCGUUCUGUGGUAACGUGAACGAGGAGACAAUAGAAAUAUGGAGAACAGAGUUCCCACGCUGCAGCAUCAAGAAGAGUUUUCAAGACUAAGAUCAACAACUUUUCACACUCAGUCUGGUGCUUUGUAAACAACGGGUAAAGAACAAAGAAAUUAUUGUGUUGUGUUAUCCUAAUCCAUCUGUCUGUCUGUCUGUCUGUUCAAGCCAUCUUGCCUUGUGUAACCUCCUAUCGUAUCUUCUACUUUAAGAUAUGAGUAAUGGCUUCAUGCAGGUUUGCUAUAUGGUUUGAGAAUUUUUGAUAUGUCUUGACCAGUUAGAAAGGGUUAUGGUUCUUAGCAUUUCCUUCCAAAGAUCAAAGCUUAUUUUAGAUCUGUAUUGAUUCAGGAUUGAUUUUCAAAAACUUUUAUCGCCAUGCAUUCUUAGUUCUGUUUUAUUAAUUUUUAAUUUACAUGUAAAAGCUACAUGGAUGUCCUUUUUAUAAGGUAACAUUUUGUGUUUUUACAUAGGCGUCGGAACCGGGGGGGCUAAGCCCCCCACUUUUUUUGCCAAGAUAUACCUAACCAUUAGAAACAGAAAAGAUUAUUGUUCCUAAAUUUACCUUGAAAGAUUGAGAAGUUGGAUUUAGAAGCAUACUC